UAUAUCCGAACAAGGCCGUAAAUCGUGCAAAGGCCCAUUAGCUAAAGCUUUCGGUUUACGGCCCAAUUUAGCGUGCCCAAAAUAACUGAAAGCAGUCUUUCCCACGCGCAUCUGAUCUGAGGAGAGAAAACGAUUAGACUAACAUCCAAACAGUUGCAAAUAUAUAAAAUCAUCGAUUUCUAUUUUGUGGCGGCUUUUUUCGCCAACUGCUUAAACCCUAAAACUACGCUGUGUAACAAUGGAAGAAUCUCACAUAGAAGAAGGAGAAAGCCAGAAUAAAUUCGAGGUUGCUCCUGCAUUGAUAUCCGUUCACCCAUCUCAGAAAUCUGUCGCUGUCACUGUCGGGUCGGAUCUUCGUGUAUUCGAUCUUAUAGAGAGUUGUGCUGUUAAUUUGGUGGAUGAAUCUGAUGGGCCUUUCCGCAAAGAUUCCAUUAGAGCUAUUCGCUAUGGUGCAAGUGGAAAGCUUUUCGUGUCUGCAGGGGAUGACAAGCUCGUUAAGAUUUGGUCUGCAGAGUCUUGGCGCUGCCUUUACACCGUAUGCUCUGAGAAGAGAGUCAGCGCAGUUGCUAUAAGCAGCGAUGAUUCACAUGUUUGCUAUGCGGACAAGUUUGGUGUUGUAUGGGUGGUCGAGCUUGAUGGGAUCAAUGAGGGUGAAGUCUUACCUAGUAAAAAGGGUGCGCCGCUGCUUUCCCAUUAUUGUAGUAUUAUUACUAGCCUGGAGUUCUCCCCAGAUGGUCGAUAUAUUCUUAGUGCAGAUCGGGACUUUAAGAUAAGGGUAACGGUUUUUCCUAAGAAGCCUCUAGAAGGGGCUCAUGAAAUACAGAGCUUUUGUCUUGGACAUACAGAGUUUAUCACCUGCAUAGCCUUUGUCUGGAAUCCAGAGCUUACCCAAGGAUACCUCAUGUCUGGAAGUGGAGAUUCAACUGUUCGACUGUGGGAUAUUACAUCCGGGUCUCUUCUCGACACAUGCGAAAUUACUACAUUGACAGGACAUUCCGAAUCUAAUGAAAGCGAGCCGCCGGCACAAGUCACAGUAACGGAUAUAUGCACUAUCUCAAAUUCUUCUCUUGCAGCAGUGGCUAUCCAAAGCUUUCAAGGAACAUUGUUGUUAAGCUGUGAUUUAUUAGCCCAUACUCUCUCUAUCACAAAGGUGAUAAAAAUCCCUGGAGAAAGUUUCAUUCCCACAAGUAUCUCUGUAAGCACAUCUACAAGGUUACUAUGGAUGGUAUCAGGAGCCUCGAACCUACCUGGUUCGAACCACCCUGGUUUUUCAAGGGUUCGGGCCAUCUCGUUGGUGGAGACGGAGCCAUCUUCAAUCCUUGAAGAUGAGCAGAUCCCUGGAGGGUCAAAACUGUUGGAGCAGUUGCAGGGUAAAGUUGCAAUAGAAGAGAGUGUGAUGAGUGCUGCAGCAGAAGCAGUGAGAGAAGCAAUGUCUAGCCUUUUAAUGAAGAAGCAAUACUCUGAAGAGAAGAGAGAGUUCAGAAAAAGAACCAGAAAUGAUAAGAAAACCACACAAUGAUUGCAUCUUUCCCAAAUUGUUUUCGGCUUAUUAUUAUGUACUGUUGUUUUGUGACGCUCAGAGUAACGAUAACUUCAAAAUA